AGAGAGAGGGAAAGAGGUUGGGGGGGGGACGCAUUUCCACAGGCACCGCUAGCAUAACUAAUUCCCUGUCGCUCCAACCCGGCGGACAGACGGCGGAACUCGUCGCUGACCAGGGGCCGAAGGACUCAGACGCAACACACCGGCCUCGGUAGGACAUUACUGAUAUAGGGGUGAGGAGUGACAGGAGGCGACAUGGUGGAUUACUACAAUAUCCUGGGAGUGUCCAAAACAGCCUCUCAGGACGACAUCAAGAAGGCGUACAGAAAACUGGCUCUGAAAUGGCAUCCCGACAAAAAUCCAGACAACAAGGAGGAAGCAGAGAGAAAGUUCAAAGAACUUGCUGAGGCCUAUGAAGUCCUGUCUGACAAGAGUAAACGUGAUCCAUAUGACAGAUAUGGAAAUGACAGAAUGCGACACACAGGUUCCUCCUCCAGCUCUGACUUUUCAUCAGAUUUCCCAGGAUUCACCUUCACAUUCCGCAGCCCAGAUGAGGUGUUCAGAGAAUUUUUUGGUGGCCAUGAUCCCUUCACUAGUUUCUUUGAUGACUUCUCAUCGUUUGGAGGCUCAUCCUCUCGCCUCGGCCCCAGCCGAUUCUUCUCUUUCCCUUCAAGCAAAGUCGAAUUUACCUCCUUCUCCUCUUCUUUGGGGGGUCUGGAGGGGAUGGACAGCAUGGGUGGUGGGAUGGGCAACUUCAAAUCAGUUUCUACCUCCACUCGCAUCAUAAAUGGCAAACGCACCACUACCAAGAAGAUAAAGGAAAACGGGCAGGAAAGAAUAGAAAUUGAGGAGGAUGGGGUUUUAAAGAGUGUCCUAAUUAAUGGUGUGGAAGAUGAAAUGGCCCUUGCUUUAGAGCUAAGCCGACGAGAGGGACAGUCCCAUCACUCCCCUCAGAAGCCAGGAAUCCAAAAUACAUCACCUGCUGAGUCUGACAGAUCCCGCCCCAGCCCUUACUCUGCAGCCACACAGCGGUCAUUUAGCUCCGCCCCCUUCUACAACUAUGGGGGGAAUGUGGGAGGUAGCGAGGAUGAGGAAGAAGACGAAGAACUGCAGAUGGCUUUGGCAUGCAGCCUGUCAGAAAUGGAAGCACAGCAGAGAGCAGCUGCUUCUGGCAUCAUAUCAGGUGCUGGGGUUGGGGGCAGAGCCAUUAGUGGCAAAACUGGUGGCCAUAAAGGAGAUGGGGUUUUUAAGACAAAAAAAUUAAAUGUGGCUGGUAAUAAGGUUGUUGCAGAGGAGAAAGAAGAAGGGGGGCAGUUUAGAAUGGGCCCAGGGCUUGGAUAUAGGUGGGAAGAUAAAGGAAAGGGAACCAGUGAACCAGGCUUCUCCCCUGAGUCACCCACAACUUCCAACACCACACCGCUAAGCCAGCGCAGUGAAGAAGAGCUUGAACCUGCCAUAAAAAAUAGUGAUGGCAGUGCGAAAAAGAAAAAGAAGUGUGGGUGUAUUAUGUGCUAAAGCAGUGUGUGUGUGUGUGUAUGUUUGGGAUGCCUUAUUCUUUAUACUUACCUCAGUGUUCUGCCUGCAGCCAGACUCUAAUGUAAUGUGAUUGCCGGACUCUUUAUUUGAGGCAGUGGCUCAACUAAUCAGGAGGAUUUUGUGUAGUCUUAACACCACUAAGACAGUGAGUCAGCUUUGACCGGGUUUGUGGUUUCCUGCUGGUUUUCUAUGUUGAUAGCCAACCCAGACAUUACAACAUAAUCCACCAAUACAAAAGCGAAAGUUAAAUAGUUUUGCUUUAUGCAUGCGAAGCAAUACAAAGGAUUGUUUCUGAAUGUAUGUUCAUUUUUUAAUUGUAAACAGUGGGAACAAGAAGGAUAUAGAUGCGGUGAGUUGGUAGUGAUUUAAAUCCCAAUUAGAGUGUUUUCUGCUCUCAAAUAUUUGUGUGUGUGUGUGUGUGUGUGUGUGUGUGUGCGCGCGCACGUGUGUGUGUGUAUACAUGUUUUUCUGUGUGCAUCUCUCUGUGGUACAGUUGAGACCCUGCCAUAGAAAUUUCUCAUUCAGGCUCUUUGGCAAAAGGGAACGUAUCAGAACUGUGGCACUCUCAGCCCAGUCUGAAACAAUAGAUCCAAAUCGAAAGUAGGCCACAGAACUUUCUCUGGUGAUUGUCAUGAUGACAGAAAAACUGGUUCGAUUUUGUUCACUGGUCAACUGAUACUGAUAGAAAAUGUAAAGGAAAAACAGUUAACGUUAAGCAAACACUCACACGCUUUGCAAAUACAAGUACUUUGUAUAUACGAUACAUAAAAGCUCCCCAGUCAGAACCGGUAGCCCAGCUUUUAUAUUUUUUGUAGUAGUGAGGAGCUCGUUUAUCAUUAAAUUUGAGUACAUCACGUCUUGGCCUUAAUGCACUUUUACUAAAAUAUCAUCACUAUUUUUGGUCACAUUGUAGAUUGUAGUUUGGGAACCAGACCUUGUGAAGGCUAAGCACGUUGUAGAAUGUGUACAGCAUUGUGACAGAUUGUAGAACAGUUACAAACAAUCAUGAUAAAAAAUAUUUUAUAUUUUGAUCCUGUGGGUGCCUUUGCACAUUUGAACUAGUUGAUAUGUUUACAAUGCUAACAUUAUCACCGAAAUGUUUGGUCAGAAACACAAAUGCAUUUUAAGCAAAACAAAUGUAUUUCAGUCAGAAAGGUGCCUGAAGUUUUUGUGGUUUUAGAUUAUUGUUUUUUUCUUUUAGCACCAGUUUUCCAGACAAUAUUUCCUCCAAUAGAGGAACGUGGCAAAACUCUGCAUUGGUGAUUGGGAGUGUUCUCAGGUGUUUGGAUGAAGAAUUGUGCACGAGUGAUCAAAUUUAACCGCUAUGGUUGUGUGAAAGUCAAAAAUCAGCUUCAUCAACAAAACACUUCUACUCUGAUUUCCCUUGGAUUGGUUUGAAAAGUCAGAGUAGAGGAGAUACAGUAGCUACAUUUUCCUUAAGUGCACCUGAGAAAGGUACUCAACCCCUACCUGCUCAAGUUGAGCUGUCUUGUGUGUAAAAUUACCUAAACUGCCAUCCUCCAUGGCAACUCCAUAACAUUCCCUCCACCUGCACUGAUUCCCUCUGGGCUUUUGCCUGACAUAAGAAUGCAUGAAUGUGUUAAAUUAGUAUUUAAAUCUGCCAAAAUGAAGGGCAUAUCUUAAUAAAUGACAAUGUUAGAAAGUAUAUGGGAAUAAACAAACCAUGUUUUGGUUUCAAAUUGUAAUGUUAUAUUUCUACAAUUUACAGACUUAUAUCAAUGUCAGCUUAGCUGCUGUUGAGUUGGGUUUAGUUUCUCACUGAAGCUCACUGAAACAGUUGUUUCUUUCCUCCUUUGCACUGGAACUCGACAUCUAAGUAGUACAUUUAGGUAGAGGUAUGCAUUUUUCUGUAAA